AUGAUGGGGCUUGAUCUUCUGGUCUCCUUGCUUGCAUUAUCCGUAUCACCCUGCAUCGCCGCUACUCGAAGUCCUCUCCAAAUCCCCGUCCUAGACACUCAACCUAUUGAAACAGGUCGUGAAUUUACAUUACGACAUAUGUUGCAUCAUGGAACGUACCGAGAUCCUCUCCUGCAUAAGCGACUUGACAUCAGGCCUGAUACUUUGCUAUGGGCUGCCUCAGAAAAUGGUGAAAAAAGGGAAUCGGUUCCUCGGUUUCGCGUUUCUUCAAGACCUAUCAAUAUCCACCGUCUCUCUGAUCGUCAUGUUUCCGUCGUUGAAGAUUAUCUCUCAAUUGCCAGAAUGACAAGCUCUGCAGUAACACUCUCAUCAGAUUAUUGGACUCUGGACGAAGUAGACGCACCUGAUGUGACAGAUAAAGAGACGGUGCUUUCAUUAGCUAAAAUGACCUCCAACGCUUACAUCAUGAUUCCGGGAUCGGGCGAAUGGUUUGAUGUUGUCCCUCCUUUCAACCAUUCAGACAGCUUCGGAUGGGACUCUGAUGGACUGAGAGGCCAUAUUUACUCAGAUAAUACAAACUCUACAAUCGUGGUUGUGUUGAAGGCUUGCGUCAGGAAAGCUUUAAGACAAGAAAACCGCUAUUAUCGGGCUGCCCUUAAUCUUUACUCCAAUAUCACCGCAAUGUAUCCCCAGUCAAAUAUCUGGGUUACGGGACAUUCACUGGGUGGUGCCGUUUCAAGCCUGCUGGGGAUGACAUACGGAUUGCCCGUGGUCACGUUUGAAGCUGUGCCAGAAGCACUACCUGCUUCACGCCUUGGACUGCCUCCGCCUCCUGGAACCGAUCCAUCUUCACCCCAGGCAAGGAAUUAUACUGGUGCCUACCAUUUUGGCCACACUGCCGAUCCUAUUUAUAUGGGAACGUGUAACGGCGCAACAUCUUGGAAGAUUUCGGUUGGAGAGUUGGAAUCGGAACACAUCGAAUCCGUGAAAAUGCGUGGACUGCAACAACUGGAAGUUUUUCGAAAGCAACGAAACGACACCUACGCCCACUACCACCACUACGAGCACUUCAACCAGAACAAGAACGUCAACUUGCAAGACUCCCGGGUGGUGGGGAUGCUUGGAUCCCACCACGACUCCUACUACAACAGCGACAACGUCGACAACGUCUACAUCGACCUUACCUACUGCGUCUCCCGCGCCUACGAUUACUCCGACCUCCCCUCCAACAACUACUGCUUCCACGACUUCAACUUGCGAAAGCCCUGGCUGAUUGUCUAG